AUGUCAGCAGUGGAUAGCCGCCGUGAAUCCCUUGCCGGGUUGACCCUCGAUGCGGUGUUGGGAAACAACAAGAGAUCUGCUCCAGGUGAAGUGAAUGCAGCCACCGCGGCACAUAUGAACAAAACCCUUCUCGAUAUCAUCCGCGAUGAAGAUCCCCAUCGCUCCUUCGGCUACAAAAAUGCUCCUCCUAGGUCAAUGAUGUCCCGUCGCAACUCUGUCCGGUUCACAACCACCGGUCAGACCACCGAUCAUCCUGAAUUCGGGCCUCAAAUGUCACGCAAAAGCUCCACCAAACAUGGAUCCACGAUGGCAACUAGUCUGGACACUCUUGCCGUGGGCGAUGACCUUCCAGCUCGAAGCUUUAGACCACAGAUGUCGCGGCGGCACUCCAUCCGGAUGCACGAGGAAGAAGAGGACGCUGUGCAUCAGCGACCAGGCGCAACAUUGGUAGAAGAGAGAGUAUUGUCAGCUAGGGAGGCGAUUGCAGCGCAGGAGGCCUCAGAAGCAGCUGCCGCACAAGAAGCAGCAUACGAGGAGGAGGAUGAGAAAUUUGAUGAUGCCGGGGAGGGAGAAGAGGAAGGAAUGGGCAUGUCGCUUAUGGAUUUGUUGGAGGAGACUGAUCGACAGAUGGGGUUUGAAGGAGCAAGGUAUGUGGUAGGGGAGGACAAUGAACAAACUUACUACGAGGAUGACGAUGAUAACGAUGGCGGCGAUGUUGCUGGUGGGACUGAGCAUACUUGUUGUGUGUGCAUGGUCAGGCAUAAAGGCUCGGCUUUUAUUCCUUGCGGCCAUACCUUCUGCCGACUUUGCUCAAAGGAGCUUUACGUUCAAAGAGGGAAUUGUCCACUCUGUAAUGGCUUCAUCUUAGAAAUUCUUGAUGUUUUCUGA